AAUCAAUAAAAAAGUCACAUCCAACGAUACACACGCUUACAUAGUGUCUACAAGAGUACAUGUUACACCUGUCAAUUUUCGUUUGCCUGAUUUUAUAAUACCAAAAGAAUACAAAAUUAAUUUAAGAUUAAAUACAGAAGAGGAUAUCUUCUCUGGAAUAAGUAAUAUUACCAUUAUGAUUUAUAAAACUACACAAUAUAUAAACUUGCAUUCAGCAAAUUUAGAAAUAACUAGUUGCAAGUUAACUAAUAUUAUUGAUGGAGAAAUAAAUGUGUAUGGAACACGUAAUAUUACCUAUAUACACAAACUGCAAAUUGUCGCCUUGGAUUUUGUUGUUGUCCUACAUCCUGAUGAAUAUAAUUUGAUCAUGACUUAUAAAGGUGUCAUUGAUAAUGAUGUCGGAGGAUUUAUCAAGAUGCCAUAUAUAAAUGCGACAGGACAUAAAAAAUGGCUUAUCGCAACAAAUAAUUCAGUGACAGGAAUGCGACGUCUCUUUCCAUGUUGGGACGAACCGAGAGUAAAAUCUAAAUUUACCAUUUCUAUAAAAUACCCUAAACAUUUCGAUGUUUUUCCAAAUACACAUUUUCCUCUUAUACUUUAUACAUCAGAACAAACAACGACACGCUUUGCUACAACUCCUGAAAUACCUACGUACCGUAUAGCAAUUUUGCUACUGGAUAAGAAUGAUUAUAUUCAUGUUUCUCCCAAACAAGAAAAAAAUAAAAUUAUUCUGAAAUCAUGGAAAAGAGAAUGGAUGAGCGUGCAGUGGGAUGAAAUUUUUGGAUUAAUGGAAAAUGUCACAAGUACUGUUGAAUCUAUAUCGCCACAACCAAAAAGCUCUUUAUUAGAAAAUCAAUACGCGAUCGCAGGUUUGAAAGAUGGUAGCGUGGACAAAUUGCAGUUCAUACUUUACAGAGAAGAAGAUAUUUACAAUAAAGAGAUAGAUCCCAUUGCACGCAAAAUAGAGUUAUCACGUAUAAUAGGACGUAAAAUUGUAGGCCAAUUGUUUAGUACUGCGGUUAGUCCAUCAUGGUGGUCUUACAUGUGGUUGAACGAGGGUAUUGCUAUGUUGUUGGGCGUGACGGGUAGUCUGGAUGAUUUUUUGACUGUAAUGCAAUCUGUCUAUGAUUCACAAACUAUGGAUUUGGAGAAAAUUAGCGUAAAAGACUUGAUGAAUCCUUGGAUACAAAAAAAGCAAUACCCUAUUGUCAAUGUAACGGAAAUCUUUGAUACCGAAUGGACGAGAAUUGUUCUAGAAACUGCCUCCAAAAACUGGACGAUACCAUUAACAAAUCAAAUGUAUAUAAAUUUAAAACGAAUUUUACCCAAAUUUUGUCUAGCGGGAAUUUUGUCCCGGGAACAAAAGCACUUUCUUGCAGUAUGUUAUAAUUUUAAACACAGUCAAUUCAUAAUAAUCAAUCAGCAACAAACAGGAUAUUACCGUGUAUUUUAUAACAGGGAAAGUUGGUUAAGAAUUGUAAGUUAUCUUAAUUCUGAGAAUUUUACAAAUAUUAAUGUUUUAAAUCGUGCUCAACUCAUCGACGAUACGUUCCAUUUAACAAUAUCAGGCGAAUUAGAUUCUUCUGUAUUUUGGGAAGUCGUAAGCUAUCUAAAGUGGGAAACAGACUAUAUACCAUGGUAUUCUAUGUUCAAAGCUAUUGAACAUGAGUCACACACCCUACUCUUUCCUAAUGUCAAUACUACUAAUUUCAAGAUGAAACUACGAGAGCUACUGAUUUCGCUUCUUGUAAAAAUUGGAUACGAAGAAGAACCUAACGACAACAGUCUUAUUAAAUGUUUAAGGCAAGAAGCUUUAAGAUGGGCUUGCGUUCUCGGUGAUAGCGAAUGCAAAAAAUAUGCUAAAUCUAAAUUGCAAUGGCAUUUAUCAAAUCCGACAGAAAAUAAAUUAUUACCAUGGUGGAGGGAAUGGACAUUCUGUAAUGGUUUAUCUGUAUCUAGCAUUUCUCUUGACAAACUAUUUAAAGAUUUGGAUGAAAUUUCGAAAAUUAAAGAUUCAGAAAUGUUGAAACCUCUAGCUUGCUGUACCGAUAAUUAUAGUCUUCUGUCUUUCUCCGAUAAGCUAAAAAUGUUAAGAAAUUUUUACGUAUUUUCUUAUACAGAAGAUAAUGCAAGAACAAUCUGUGUUAUUAAAAAUUACAUUUAUUGGUUUUAUUACAUUAUUCAAAACCAUAUACAGAAAUGGAUACGUAAGAAUCUUGCUAAUUCAUUACUACUUCAGAACACUGAACACAAAAUAAAAAUGCGCCUCAAGAAACACUAUGUAAAUACUAUAGAUGAUGUAUGUAAGUGA